AAAGAAGAGCGACAAUUAAGGGGAACGCAAUACCUUCAAAAUGAGUUCAAGUAUGCCUUGGCGGGUCCAAGUCUGGCUAUCUUUAUCAUUUCUAUCAUCAUGAUGAUUAUUUCCAUUGUGGCCGUGUCGAUGAGAACCUUCGUGCGACUCUAUAUUGUCCGGGCUUUUGGCUGGGAUGACAUCCUUAUGCUUGCAGCACUAGCCCUGUUUUUGGUAUUGAACGUGUGCUCAAUUAUUGGAGCAAAGAACGGGGCUGGCCGUGAUAAAAGUGAUUUCACAGAUCGUCAUGUCUAUAGAUUAGCUCUUCUUUAUUGGUGGCUCAGUCAAAUUUUCUACAUCUGGGCGUCGGUUCUUGCCAAGAUAUCCAUCGCCGUCGCCCUACUCCGAUUGACGAUCGAAAAGAUCCAUCGGAUAGUUCUCUUAUGCAACAUCGGGCUCUCAAUAGCUAUCGGCUUCAUGUUUUGGAUGGUCAUGCUUCUUGACUGCCACCCAAUUUCAUAUUUUUGGGAUUACGCGGAUCCUUCGAAGACAGGAACGUGCAUGUCUAAGAGUGAUUUGGUCAAAGUCGCAUACGUUUACAGCUGCUUGACAAUAGUAUGCGACCUGACACUUGCGAUCUUGCCAAUUUUCCUCAUUUGGAAAUUGCAGAUGAGUUAUUGGACGAAAGUUGCAGUUGGGGGGAGUUCUCAGCCUAGGCGCGGUUGCGAGUGUCGCGGUCAUAGUUCGGUUACCGUUUCUCCGCUUCUAUUCCGAUACCAAUUUCCUACCAGAUGGCGGAACAUCAGCUCGAUUGGCAUGAUCAAGGUAUUCAAAGCGCAUGCUGAUAAUUUUCAAGAUUCUACUUACCAAAUAGCGAUAUGGUCCCUUAUCGAAACCGGUCUUGGAAUCACCGCCAGCAGUCUUUUCACCCUCCGUCCUCUCUUCCGGUGGCUUCGGCAUGAGAAUUUGUCAUAUGGUCGACACACCCGCGGUCCUAGCAGAGGAUAUGAUGGAAGGGGCUACAAUGAAUGCCAACUCUCUAGUCUAAACAAAGAUGGCUUGAAGGAUUCAAAUCCGAGAGUUCCGGCCCCUGUGCGUAUACGUGGAAAGAGAGGCAGCGUGAUAAGCACCGUGACGCUUCCAUCGCUGCGGGAUUUUAUUACUUCAAGAAGCAGCGAGGAGGUUUUAUACCCCGACAUGAACCCCUUUGCUUCAACAAAUGGCGUCACU